UCACAACCUGCCAGGUGGCAAAUAAAGUGGCUCUGAGAAACGAAUCACGGCUUACGGGAGUUUUAGUAUUCAACUGGAGAGAUGGGUGGAGGAAGAGAAGUACUGAGCGUGUACAGAUCGUUGCUUCGAGCGACUCGGAAAUCAUUCUCAGGCGACAAGUUGAUGCUGACUGAAUCGGCAAUCGAGGUCAGGACGAAAUUCGAGCAGAACCGAAACGUUACAUCUGAAGCUGAGAUUAAGAAGCUCCUUGACGAAGCUCGUGAUGCUUCCAAUUUCAUCUCCAACAUGAUCGUUCAGGCCAAACUCAAUCCUUCCGGUGGUGGCUACGUGAUAAAGCCUGGUAAAGAGCAUGCUGGAGCAACACUUGAGAUUCCUUCCGAGGAAAUUCUUCGAAAGUCUUCGUGACAGAGAAGAUACUGAUGGAAGUAACAAAUGGCAAGUUACUCAUUCCAGAUUGAAAGACUUGAUUUGGUUUUUAAGAAGAAAACCUUGAUAAUGUUUUAAUGCAUUAUACUAUUGUAGUCAUAAGUGUUACAGCUUCCAAUCAAGCCUCCAUUUCAACUUUUUUGUCCUUAACAAGGUCAGGCAUCAGGUCACCAUUGCAAUAAGCCAAUAACUGUGUGUUACUCAACAUGUUAUUAGAUUAUUUAGUUAUGUUAAUUAAAUUUUAUUUUAAUUUAUUUUUCAA